UAAGCCAGGACGCACCGCCAGUAACUCUAAUUGUUAAUUCUCCAUUUGGAAAAUCAGUGGAGCCUUUCGACUGUUUAGGCUUGGACAUGACUCUCCGCUCCAGAGAGCUACUUCACUACUUCCAUAACAGCCACGACAGUGCCGAUUUGGUACUGAGCAAGGCCUCUAGAAACAUCUUUUCUUCUGUCGCCCAGCAUCCCGAUGCGUUAAGGGACACCCUCCUCGUAGCAGGUCUGCACUAUGCAUGGACUGUCGGCGAUCUCGAAACGUACAAGCCAACUUUUCUGUUUCACAAAGUCUCGACAAUACAAGUCUUGAAUCGUUGGCUGCAAAACAUACAUCAACCGGGGCUGAUGACCUUCAUUCGACAUGUUUCAAUUCUUUGCUUCAUAGAGGCAUCUUAUGGUAACGUACACGAUACAGAGGCUCAUAUCAACGGCCUCAUAAAUGCCGUCCACCUCCUCAGUCCCCUCGAUGACGACUUUGGUCAUCAGUCGGAACUCGAAGAAGAGCUUGCUAAUCGUUAUCUCUUACUCACAUACUAUGCCUACCAGGGCUUCAAGGCCAGGAUAUUAGGGAGCGAUUCUUUGCAGAACCUUUUCCGACAGAACAACACAGCCGAGUUCUCCACCUUCGUAUCACAGAUUUACCUCUGGAAGACUCAGAAUAUCGGUCAUCUCGAAAUGCGUCUCAACGCCAUGAAACUAUUACCAUUCUUCUUCGCAGCUCUUCCCUCAUCAACUCAGUUCCAUAACAUCGACGCCUCACCUCUCAUAGAUUGUCUGAAGCAUGUCACCACUGCAACACAGACAGUCAGAGAAGACCGUUACAAAUGCGACCCAAGUUGGGAAUGGAUCGAGGGAUCAGAUUCUCGACUUCUCUGCGCUACCAUCGGCUCCCAUUUCUCAUCUCUGUUUCACGACGACAUGUUUUCAGCAGCACAAUCCUCGAAGUAUAGCACCUCUUGGUCUGGUAUGUGCGCUGCAUCAAGCUUGUAUAUGCACAGCGUCCUGGAACUAUGGAAUGGUGGCGAGGCUAUCGACGCUCGUCUGUUUCGCAGGUUUCUAUGUAUCUUGAAUCGCGAUCUCUGUCAAUCAGUGAGCACCCUGGGACUAAAUGACUCUACGGACUUUUGGCUUUGGAGGGCGUUCUUGGGAGCGUAUAGCAUUGCUAAACAGCAAGCGGGUAUCCAUGACCCUCUGCUGGAUGUCCUCCAGAGAGAUUUUACUGGUUACGUAGAUACUUGUAAAAGUGUUACUGGGUUGGCAGCUUGGGAAGAGGCGCAUGCCUGUUUAGUAUCCGUCGCAUGGCCCGCCUCUAUGAAUUAUGAGACAGGGCGUCGUGUUUGGACAAGGUUGAACGAGUAUAAAACAAGCUAGGGAGUAAGGCUGUAGUUGUUUUCAAGCUGUACAAUAUUGUAUAAUAAAUCACAACUCAAGUUCUGCUGGAGCGG